UAUAGGCUUUUAGUGGUGCAAUUUGAUGGUCAAAUUAAUAAACUGGUUAAAUACAAUGAUUGAGGCAUUGGGCCGUAUUUUUGUGAAGAAAUUUUUUUCCUGGUGUUCUUGCGUGAAAUUAUAAACUAUCGCAAGUUGUCGCGUCAUCAGAAAAAUAAUUCGAAGAAACCAGCAUAGUUGUAGCUCCAGCAAUUUUGAUGUAUGAUUUUAUUUGUGUGUGCGUCAGACACCCCAGACACAAGCUCACGACUCAUUGCGCUUGCAACGAAACAAUAUCAAAUCUCAAUUUAGAUUAGAUCGCAUCACGACAGCUCAUUCUCGAUGCUUUUUUAUUGCGGACCAACGACAGCAUUCAAUCAGUUUGAGAAAAUCACUCGUGUCAGUUACAAUUUACGGUCGGGAGUGUGGUGCAUUUCCAUUAAAAUAGAUCAGUUUUAUUUAGUAAGAAUAUUCGAAUUGAAACUUGGCAACCGGUCUCUGUGAUCAAGUCAAAUGGCACCACGUAAGCUAUGAUAUCAUUGUUAAUAAAUGGUUUAAAUAUUAAUAAAGCAAGCCAUUAAUAAACUGGCUGUUGAAAAGUAGAUAUCAUUCGAGAGUGUGUGAAAAAAACUUUAUACAUUCGCUGUAAAGAAACAAUAACAAAUGACUAAGUGCAGCGUAAACAGAAUUUAUCGCACCCGGGAUUAUUGAACAAGAUGUCAAUUGCAACUAAUAAACAAUUGUUAUUGUGUGGGGAUAUAGCCCGCAUCGUAUUGUUCUGAACAAAAAAGUCUGUUUCCAAAAAUUCUUUUUGUCUUUUUUUCGAAUUACGCUUUGUCUUCAACAUUCUGUUUAUCUCUUGACAAUUUCAAUGUGAUAACAAUUUGUUUAUUACGAUGAGAAAUUAAAACCGUUAAAUUUCACGAUAAACAUAGGGCAGUGCUCUCACUCAUUUGUUAUGAAUCAAUCGGUAAAAGUGGUUCAUAUGUUUUAUCUAUUAUCGCAAGUGCUCGAUAGCCGAUAGAGAGUCGCGAUAUGCGUUACCAAAUCUGAUGAAGAAUACAAGCGCAAGCCGCAUAACGUUAAACUACUAUUGCAUGUCACUUAUGUUAGUCAAACAACAACGAAUUGUGGCUAUUCGUUUGUGUUACGAUAAACGUGUGAGUCAUUUAGUUUCGAAAUACGGAACACAAACAAACGGGUGUUCGUGCACGACAACUAACGAAAGAAAGAGAGUGAAAGAAAAAAUAUUGUCGAGCCAUAUGUCUGUAUUAGCACAAACAUUAACAAAGUUUUACUGUUGGUGAAAACACUCAUUAGCGCGCCACUCAAUCCAAUAGCCUGUGUUCAGUCUGUGAUCGUGUGUCGUACUAAACUGUUUCUGUGCUCUCUGUUUGCUCGAGAUAAGGUCCUCAACACAACCGUUCGCCAUAAAUAAAAUAAAAAAGAAUAAAGAAAUAUUUAGAAAACGAAGAAAUUUCGAUCAAAUAUAAAUACUCUUCACAUCCGUGUAUAAUUUGAGAUCACUGUCGCAAAAUUGUUAUGAUGUUUUUGAUUUAUCAUUGUAAUUCUGUGGAAACGAAAAAGUGAUUCUCGAGUGUGAACUAAAUUUAUUUAAUCGUGUUUACUUUGAAGUACACGUCAGUCGUUUUGUCAGUUAAUCAUGGGUUGCUGUUUUUCGGAUGGCAAGCGAAAAAGCGUACAACCAUCACCGAAUGAUGUCUACUUUCAGCAAUUGCCUAUGAGUGAAACGCUCAAAUAUGAUAAAAACUUCAAAGGCCCACUCUCGAAACGCUCUUGCACCGACGUCUGUUGUUUAUUCAUUUUUAUCGUUUUCCUUUGUGUGUGGGGUUUCAUUGCUCAUUUCGCAAUAAAAAAUGGUGACUUGGAUCGUCUGCUGGUUCCGACGGAUUCGCAGGGUCGUAAAUGUGGCGUCGACAACAGUGUUAUAAAUGAACCAUAUCUGCUAUUUUUUAACCUGGAAAAAUGUAUCGAUGCACGUGUGCCGCUGUUCGGUUGCAAAACGCCACAGGUUUGUGUUCGAGAAUGCCCUACAACGGCAUUCAUCUACAGCGAAUACAUAUGCAACUCGGCCAAAUUCUAUGAAAUUCGUGAAAAACUCAUAUGUCAAAAACAUGUCAAUAAGUUUGCGAUCACCGAUUGCACUGCCAUAAAACGUAGUAUUGACAACGGAGACUGUGCUCGCUGGUAUCUACCGAGUAAUCCAUUUUUAAAGCGAUGUAUAUCAGGGCUGCCGCAAAACGAGUGUCCGAUUUUUCCAAAAAGCAUCUUGAAACAGGCACGAAGUCAACGUUAUCGAAGAAGUGUGACACAAAAUGAUACAGCACUUUCGUUAAAUCGAAUUGGACGAUCUCCGAUACGAUUUCCCGAUAAUUUGACGGCAUUAAGUCAAACGGCGGUCAAUGAACCGCCAUUGGAUUGCAAAGAACGUAACAAGCUCGGUACGCAAAUUCUUAUCGAAAAAGGACACUACACUGAUUCAAUGCUAUCACGUUUUGUGGGAAAUUUUAUCAUGAUUUUCUCGAAUCAAACCAACGCUCAAGAGAUGGGUCAACGGAUCGUUGAAGAUGUUUUGAAAAUUCGAUGGGAAAUCGGUGCGGAUAUUUUCAUUGCAAUGUUCUUCUGCCUUAUCGUGAUUGCUGUGAUGCGCUGGGUAGCAACGCCAUUGGUUUGGUUGUCGAUACUGGGAGUGAUUGUAAUGCUUGGAUUCGGAACAUACUAUUCCUUCAAGGAGUACGUUCAUUUGCGUGAUCGACCACCAACUGAUGUAAAUGUCAAUACAAACUUGAGUUUGCUAUUUGAUACAUGGUUACAGAACCCAACAACAUGGCUAGUUUUUGGCAUCGUUGCCGCCGUUCUCUUGCUCAUCAUACUCUUGGUAGUGCUGGUGCUCCGAAAGCGGAUUGUGAUCGCAAUCGCUCUUGUUAAAGAAGGCAGCAAAGUUGUGAGCUCAAUUUAUUCGACUGUGUUCUUUCCCAUAUUCCCAUGGAUCUUCCAAAUAGCCGUUACUGCGUUUGCCAUUGCCGUCGGUCUUUAUUUGGCAUCAAUCGGAACGCCAGUCAAUCAAGUGCUUCGGAUGAGGGAGGAUUCAAACUGCCAGUGUUCCGGCAUUGCCUCGCAUUAUACGGAUGGUGUUAUGUGCGUUCCAGAAUUAUUUAAUCAGUUUUGCAAGGAUAAGACAUCUGGAAAUGAAUGCAUAAAAGCAGCGUGUAAUUUCAAAGAGAUUCAAAGCCCACCGAUUGUUCCAUAUUAUCAGGCAUUCAAUGUGUUCGGAUUCUUCUGGGGAAUAUUCUUUGUAUCGGCUCUGGGCGAAAUGGUGUUGGCUGCCACAUUUGCCACUUGGUAUUGGACAUUCCAUAAGAAGGAUGUGCCAUACUUCACACUAACUGUUGGCCUCGGACGAUCAAUAAGAUAUCACUUGGGAACCGUUGCGUUCGGGUCGCUUGUAAUAACAAUUUGCCGCGUAAUUCGUGUAUUGUUGGAGUACGUGGACCAAAAGCUCAAGAAAUGGGACAACGAAGUGACCAGAUGCAUUCUGUGCUGUUGCAAAUGCUUCUUUUGGUGUUUGGAGCGAUUUUUGCGGUUCCUGAGUAAAAAUGCAUACAUCAUGUGUGCAAUACACGGUAAACCAUUCUGCACCAGUGCACGUGACGCCUUCAAUCUGCUGAUGAGAAACUUUUUGCGUGUGGUUGCCCUGGACAAAGUCACCGAAUUCUUAUUCUUCUUGACCAAGAUAUUAGUUACGGUGGGAAUGGGUGCAGUGACCUAUGCCUACUUCACUAGCGAAGCAUACGCCGAGAAAUUGAAUUACGUACAAGUUCCCGUGGUUAUUGUGAUGUUUGCAACAUAUCUCAUUGCAAGCGUUUUCUUUGGAGUGUAUUCCAUGGCGGUGGACACACUGUUUCUGUGCUUUUUGGAAGACUGCGAGCGAAACGAUGGUUCCGAGGAGAAACCAUACUUCAUGUCAAAGCAACUGAUGAAAAUCCUCGGCCGGAAAAAUAUCAUUCCACGCGAUCAAUACCGAGAAUCUUAAAUGGAGGCCAAAUUAGUAGUUAAGAGUAUAUCGAUUUAUUAGGAUGUUCAUUAGAUCCAGAUGUUCAAAGUAUAGUGUGAUCAACAACAACAAUAACUGCAAAAAAAAAGAAACAAGCUCAAAUUCAUCAGUAGGAGAAAAACGAUUUUAAUUCUAUUUUCUCUCGAACAAAUCAAAAUGAAAUCGCUCUCAUCUGUCAUUUCCACUAAGAAUAAAUCUUCCAUGAAUAUAUAUAUAUUAAAUACUAUACACAUGAAUAACGUAUUGUAUAAAAUCUUCAUAGUCUGACCAAUUAAGUUUUAUGAUGAAAAAAUGUUUUGGGCGUAAUUGUAAUGAAAAAAUAUUUCAAACUAUGAUAUUCUAUUUUCGUUAAAGCGAUUCUAUAAAAUUGUUCAAAUUUGAUGUAUCGUGAAGGAGAUUUCGAAAGUUUAGCCAGUCUCUUUUUUCACACACAAAAAAUGUGGAAAAAUUCCCCGUUGGAUUUAUAUAUUUCAAGAAUUUCUUAACAGAAAGACAGUAUUUUAGCGCGCAAGAUAUAAAAGUCUCUUCACAAAAACUACGAAAGUCAAAUUUAUGUUUAAAUUAAAAUUAACUUAUUGUUAAAUUACAUGCUUACGUUCUGAAAAACUCACGGAAAAGAUUAUUUUGUACCGAUGCAAAGAAGGAGUAAAGUUGAUUUUGAUGGUUUUUUUUAAAUGAAAUAAAGUUAAUAUUAGCACAAA